CAUGGCCGUAAGUGAUGCUGUCGGCGGCUGCAGCCGGCUGGCAGUGGGUGGGAGGAUGGGGCGCUGCUACCUGUUCGGGCUCUGCUUGCUCCUGGGGCUGCUGAGGGCUGGCUGGGGGCUGCAGAACGUCACCGCCCAGCUCUUCGGGGCUGAGGCCUUCGGGACCCUGGCGGCUUUCGGGGAUUUCAACUCGGAUAAGCAGACGGACCUAUUCGUGCUGAGGGGCGGCAAUGAGUUACAUAUCUUUCUGGCAGACCAAAAGGAGCCAUAUUUCAAACCCAAAGUCCAUUUGUCAAUGAAAAAACAGGAUGUCAUUAUAACAAGUGUGGUUCCUGGAGAUUAUGAUGGUGAUUCACAAAUGGAUGUUCUCUUGACAACACGACCACAAAAUCAUGUCACUGAUGAACUAUCGGUUACUAUUUUCUGGGGACACAAUCAAACAUUAGUUUCUAAUCGGAAGACUGUGUUAAAUAAAACUUUUCGUGAUGAGCCACUAAUUAUGGACUUCAAUGGUGAUUUAAUUCCUGAUGUUUUUGGUGUCACAAAUGAGUCAGAUGGGCCCCAGAUAUUAAUAGGCAGGAAUUUAUCAUGGCAUCCUGCAAUGGAUAUGAAGAGUAAAAUGUACAUACCACAUUCUCAUGCAUUUAUAGAUUUGAAUAGAGAUUUCACUGCAGAUUUGUUCCUUACAACAUUAUCAAGUUCCCAACAAAUUCAGUUUGAAACAUGGGUAAAUAAGGAUGGGAAUUUCUCCAAAGCCACAGACAUAAAGCAAAAGCCUGAAGACGUGAUAGUUGUUGGACAAUCAGUGUUUGCAGAUUUUGAUGGGGAUGGGCAAACUGAGCAUUUACUGCCAACCUGUGCUGAUGCGACUUGUCAAAAAAGUACCAUCUACUUAUCUAAACCAGGACAGAAUCAGUGGAUACCAGUGUUGCAAGACUUUAGAAAUAAGGACACACUCUGGGGUUUUGUACCAUAUAAAAACAAUCAAUCCUCAGAUGAACUUUCUAUUCCAAUUACUCUUCAUAUUGGAGAUUAUAAUAUGGAUGGUUACCCAGAUGCACUUGCCAUACUGAGAAAUACUUCUGGAAGCAAUCAGCAGGCCUUUUUAUUAGAGAAUGUCCCGUGUAACAAUGCAAGCUGCAGAAGUGUACAUCGUAUGUUUAAAGUCUACUGGGAACUCUCUGAUCUAAAUCAAAUCAAAGAUGCUGUGGUGGCAACCUUCUUUGACAUUUAUGAAGAUGGAAUCUUAGAUAUCAUUGUACUAAGCAAAGGCUAUUUCAACGGUGACUUUGCCAUUCACACAUUAAAGAAUAACUUUGAAGCAGAUGCUUAUUUUGUUAAAGUUAUUGUUCUUAGUGGCCUCUGUUCUAAUGACUGUCCUAGUAAAAUAACACCCUUUGGUGUGAAUCAGCCAGGACCUUACAUCAUGUACACAACUGUAGAUGCAAAUGGAUAUCUGAAAAAUGGUUCAGCUGGACAACUUAGCCAGUCAGCUCAUUUCUCUCUCCAGCUGCCGUACAAUGUGCUUGGUUUGGGACGCAGUGCUAAUUUCCUCGAUCACUUGUAUGUUGGCAUUCCUCGUCCUUUAGGAGAAAAGUCUGUAAGAAAACAGGAAUGGACAGCUAUCAUCCCGAACUCCCAACUUAUUGUCAUUCCAUAUCCACACAACGUUCCUCGAAGCUGGAGUGCCAAGCUGUACCUGACCCCAAGUAACAUCGUGCUACUCACAGCAAUUGCCCUAAUUGGUGUCUGCGUUUUUAUCUUGGCCAUAAUUGGCAUAUUGCACUGGCAAGAAAAGAAAGCAGAUGACAGAGAGAAACGACAAGAAGCCCAUCGGUUCCAUUUUGAUGCUAUGUGAUAUGCCUUAAGAUCUGUGAAGGAGCUGCUACCCAUUUGCUUAAUCAAAAUAUGAAAUUCCAAAUUGUAAGAAGAAAUCUGGGAAGUGGUGUUUUAUUAGUGAGUUAUUUGUAAAUGUUGCAUUCUUUGGUAUUUAUUUUAAAAGCAUUAAAUCAGACCUGAAUGUCUUGUAUGAGCUUUCAGUAAACAGUUUGUAUAUACUGGCAGUUAUUGGCCUUUAAUAACGCUGUCAAUUUAUUUUUCUUAGUAAGGGAUCAUAUUGCAUGUGUUCCAAUGUUUACAUGCUGCCGCUUCUUCCAGUACAAUAUUUGAUGGAUAAGAAGUCACGUGUAAAUAAAGUUAGUAUUUCAGUAAGCAGAAUCCUUUAGUGCCAGCUGAAUUAGUCUUGUCAUUUACACAUUUCUGCAAUUUAAAUUACAUUUCAAUAAAUGAACCUCAAGCAGAUUAUCAGAUGAGACAUUCUACAUUAAUUACUAUGGCUGAACUCGGGGGGUAUUUGAUCUAAAAUGUCUAAAUAUUUUUUCCUUUGUUUUAGUCCUUACAUGCGAUAGUUAGAUGAGCAUUUACUUACUAAAGGACUAAAACAAAUCUACAAAGCUAACACCAAAUAACCAAUAAUUGUACAUCUUUACUGUUGAUGUAUAUACAUUCCAAUUUUUUAAAAAACAACUUAAGUUUAUACAAAAAUAAUCAUCAUAAUCCAAAAUAUGAGAACUAUGCCAUCCUAGAAUGGAUGCGAUGAGAAGAAUUUUCUUGAGUACUGAUGCGUAUCAAUGUGACUAUACUUAAAUUGAAUUAUGAAAACAAUUGGCCAUUGAGAUUAUGAAUUGAAUUUGAUUUUCUUGGGGAGAAACUUAAAGAUAAACCUAUCAGGGAAACUGGGGUUAAGUCCUAUGUUUGAUCUGCUUAUUUCUACCCCGAAGCCAUGAUUAAGGGCUAAGAUAUUCUAUGAUGCACAUUAAGGACUUAAUGUAAACUUCUUACAUGAGAGCAUGUCAUACUACUGUGCCCAAAGUCUAUAGGAAGAGUGUGAUGAUUAUGUCUGAAGAGAAGCUCAGCUCUGUAUAGUCAAAAUGUUGAUAGCUUUCCAUCAUACAAAUUAGAUUGUAGCAAUGGUAAAAUGUGUUCCCUGAAAACAAUCAUGGUUUUAUUUUAUGUAAUACAGGUUUUGUUUAUUCUUAAAAUCUGCAUUUAUAUGAUUCACUGUGUAUUUAUAUCUGUUAAUAUGCAUUCAUAAUAAAUGUUUACUAAAUCAAGCAUGUUCGUUGCUUAAGUGAAAACUGUUAGAAUAUUGUUGGUGCUAUCUUUACAUUGUAGCCUCAUUGGUCUAUUUCAUUGUGUGAGCAGUCACUGCCCCAUAACCUGUUGUCACCUAUUAAUCUCUGACACUAUAUUCACCUGUCAACAUUGAGCUGGUAUUAGAGGACCAGUGAGGAAAACAGGCUAAACUAAU